AAAAAAAAAAAAGAAUCCCUCCCAAAAGCCGCCUUGCAGAGGGCUGGGCACAAGAUAAAAGCUCUCUGAAGGAACGGGGCUCCUCCUCUCCCACCGCCGUCUUCCCAUUUAAAUGUCUGUGCGCCGCGGCCAGCCCGGCACAGCCUGCAGCCGGGCAGUGCCCACGCAGGGGCAGGGAGAGCCGGCCCUUAGCCCUGCUCCGACAGAUGAUGUGAGAGCACCCAGAAGGCUGAGCAUCCCGAAGGCAGCCCCAUGUUGGCCCCGCUGCUGCUCUGGGCUGUCCUCCUCCAGUGGGCGUGCGGCGGGGGUGGCAGGAGCUGGCAGCACUGCACAGAGCUGCGCCCGCUGGACGUGCUGGCAGAGCUGCUCCCUGGCAGCGGGCCGGCCCAUGGCAUGGGGGUGCUGCAGGCACAGGGGCUGAGCGGCCUCCAGCUCCACGCCUCGAGGCCCCGCGCCCUGGCCUUCCCCGCCUCGCGCCUCUUCCUGCACUGCGACCGCUUCCCCGAGGAGUUCUCCAUCAUCGUCACCCUGCGGGUGCUCGCCGUCCCCACCAAGAGGAACGAGUACAUCUUCACGCUGAUGGCAGAGGAGAGCCCCGGCGUGCUGGUGGGGCUGCGCUACUCACCCAGCAAGCUGCACUUCCUCUUCUGGAGUCCAGAGCGCGCCGGCGGCUGGCAGAACCGUGUCACCUUCCGCAACGUCUCGCUGGCCGACAGCCGCUGGCACACGCUGGUGCUGGCCGUCUCUGGACAGUCCUUCUCGCUGUCGGUGGACUGCGGCCUCCCCAAGGACGUGGUGGUCGAGACGCCGUUUCCUGCUUCUCUGUCAGUGAAGAGAGCCAGCUUCUACCUGGGCAACAGGAGGAGGAGGAAAGGCUUCUUCACGGGCUUGCUGCGGCAGCUUGUCCUGCUGCCUGGAGCCGAUGCCACCCCUCGCAUCUGCACAGCCCUGAACCAUAAAGCCACAGCGCUCUCCAUCCCUGCGGUUCUCCAGGAUGUCCCAGUGAAGGCAGUGAGCAACGAGGUGCUGAAGUACCCACAUGGUACCAACAUGAAGGUGACCCUGGGGUCCCGUCCGCCCUGCACCAAGCAGGAGAAGGCACAGUUCUGGUUCAAUGCCUCCCGGAGAGGGCUGUACCUCUGUGAUGGCAGUGCCUGGAUCUCCAUGCUGGAAGUCAAGCAGCGGCUGGACUACGUGGAAGAAUACCAGGACCUGGUGACCAACUCUGAGACGAUGGGCAUUGAGGUCUUCACCAUCCCGAGGGUUGGACUGUUUGCAGCCACUGCCAACAGGCACAGCCCCCCCGGAUCAGCCAUCUAUAAGUGGACCGAUGGGAAGUUUGUGCUUUAUCAGAACAUCCCCACCUACCAAGCUCAGUCCUGGAAGUAUUUCACCAUAGGCAAAAAGAUCUUCCUAGCAGUGGCUAAUUUUGAGCAGAAUGACAGGGGGCAGGAGUUCUCUGUGAUAUACAAGUGGAGCCACAGGAAGGAGAAGUUCGUCACCUAUCAGAGGAUCACCACGCACAGCGCGAGGGACUGGGAGGCGUUUGUCAUUGAGGGAGAGGCUUUCCUUGCAGUGGUCAACCACAGAGAAGGGAAUAACCACAACAUAGACAGCGUGAUAUACAGGUGGAACCCCAGCACGGGGCUCUUUGAAACCAACCAGACAAUCCCAACCUCUGGAGCCUAUGACUGGGAAUUUUUUGCUAUUGGGCCUUAUUCCUUCCUGGCCGUGGCCAACACGUUUAAUGGCACAUCCACAAACAUCUAUUCUCACAUCUACAUCUGGCUCAGUGGCUCUUUCCAGCUCUUCCAGUCCAUCCUGACUUUUGGGGCUGCUGACUGGGAAGUCUUCCACAUUGGGGACAGAGUCUUCCUGGCUGUGGCUAACAGCCAUAGCUAUGACAGCAGGAUCCCAGCGCCCUCUAACUUCUAUGCCAUCAACUCCUCCAUCUAUGAGCUGAACAUCACUGCCCAGAUGUUUGUCAAAUUCCAGGACCUCCUCACCUACAGUGCCCUGGACUGGGAGUUCUUCUCGGUUGGAGAUGACUACUUUCUGGUGGUAGCAAACUCCUUUGAUGGCUUCACCUUCUCCAUUAACAGCAUUAUCUACAGGUGGCAAGGCUACGAAGGCUUCGUGGCAGCUCACCACCUUCCCACUGUUGGCUGCAGAGACUGGGAGGCAUUUAACACCACAGAGGGCUCCUACCUCCUCUACUCCAGUGCCAAGGAGCCCCUUUCCAAGGUGCUCAAGCUGAAAACCACCUGAGGUGCCUGAAGCACACUCAGCUCCUUGCCAGGAUGUGAGUGGGCUGGCCACUGAGGUGAGGACGGACCAAGGCACGUUGAGAGCCUGGGGACAGCUGCAGUACCCGUGGGGCUGUGCGUGCCACAGGACAGAAGGGUGGGAGCUCCCUGGUCAGCCAUCUCCAGCCAAGGGUCUCAGAGCUCUGCUAUGGUGGCUGGAGCUCGUGCAAAGCCAGGGGAGAAGAAGCCUGAGAAGAACACGUGCCGCUGGAUCGGGUGCAUGGUGCUGGGAGGAAAUGAUGUAUGAGAAGUUGGGGAAAUGCUGGCUUCAGGCUGGCUCUGGUUGCCCAAUGCUUGGGGCCACGGUGUGCCAGGGCCCGUGGGCCUGAUGCUGCCCCACACUCUGUGUCUGGCUGCAGGCUGUGUGUGCAGGCUGAGCAAUGUGUGUACAUCGUGCAAAGCCACGGAUAUGUGCUGCAGCUGCAGCUGGCAGGCAGGUGUUGUGUCACUGCCAGCACAGUGCAGGUGGCAGGGCAGGCCACCCUGACACUGGCACUUGUUCAAAGGGAUUUGGAGAUGUGUGUUGGCACAUCACUAGCAUCUACUGCCCGGUCUGAUGCUGGUUGUGCACCCCUUUGCACAGGGUUGGGGAUGCUUUUCCUUGCCUUUAUCUGGGGGCAUCUUUUGCUUAACCAGAGCUCAAAUAAACUGCUGCACCCCCCACAA